UUAUGACCUCCCACUUCUGGUUGUAAACGAAAGCCGACAGCCGGUGUUGUGGGAUAUUCAGUUUUAGUGGCAGGUAACAAACUGUUGGUUAUCUGUAGCAGUUAACUUCCUGUUGCCAGCUGCCGAUUUUUCUCUGAACCCGUCUCUAUUUCGAGGUUUAAACGUCUUUACACUGAAGAUUUAAACAGCCGCAUAUUGUGGAGGAAGAGACGAUUCUCCAGAGCCCAGCAGGUGUGUCUGUGAAGAGUAAUAGAUCCAAGAAUCGACCCCUUUUGAUCAGUAAUUCCAUGUCCUCUGGCCCUUGAAAAUUUCCAACAUGCACUGCAUCCAACAGACUGGAAAUCUGAAAUCAGUGGAUGAUGUCCUUCAGAGAGCCAAAGGUCAACACAAAACCAGCAUGAAGAUCAAGUAUGAGAACUUAGUUGAGGGAACCAAUGUCCAGGAGAAUGAAACCCUCCUGAACAGGAUCUACACACAGCUCUAUAUCAUAGAGGGAGAGAGUGAAGGAGUGAAUGAAGAACAUGAGGUUUUACAGAUGGAGAAAACAGCCGGAACACAACACUCACAAGACUCUCCAAUCUACUGCAAUGACAUCUUCAAAGCCUCACCUGAACCAGGAUGUGACCAGAUCAAGACUGUUCUUACUAAAGGCAUCGCUGGAAUCGGAAAAACCGUCUCUGUGCAGAAGUUCAUUCUGGACUGGGCCGAGGGAAAAGCCAAUCAGGAUGUAGAUUUCAUGUUUGUGUUUCCAUUUCGAGAGCUGAACUUGAUCCGAGAUCAUCGGUACAGUCUUCACAGACUUCUGCUGGACUUUCAUCCUGAACUUCAAGAUCUGGACUCAAAGAUCUAUGAGGAGUGUAAAAUUGUGUUCAUCUUUGAUGGGCUGGAUGAAAGCAGAAUCACACUGAUGUUUUCAGAUGCUCAGAAAGUUUCUAAUGUGACUGAGACUUCAUCAGUGGGUGUGUUGAUGUCAAAGCUUAUGAAAGGAGAGCUGCUUCCCUCUGCUCUCAUAUGGAUCACCUCCAGACCAGCAGUAGCCAAUCAGAUCCCUUCCGAAUACAUCAACCGUCUGACAGAGAUUCAGGGAUUCAAUGAGCCUCAGAAGGAGGAAUAUUUCAGGAAGAGAAUCAGUGACAAGCAUCAAGCCAGCAGAAUCAUCUCACACAUCAGAAGAGCAAGAAGCCUCCACAUCAUGUGCCACAUACCCGUCUUCUGCUGGAUCUCAUCCACUGUGCUUCAGAAGCUCCUGGAAGAAGAUCUGAGUGCAGAAAUCCCUCAAACUAUGACUGAAAUGUACAUCCACUUCCUGCUGAUUCAGAUCAACAGGAGGAAUCAGAAGUAUGAAGAGAAAGAUCCAGAGAAACUCCUGCUGUCCAACAGAGAAGUGAUUGUGAAACUUGCUGAAGUGGCUUUUAAACAGCUGAUGAAGGGCAAUGUGAUGUUCUAUGAGGAGGACCUGAGAGAGACCAGCAUAGACAUCACUGACGCCUCAGUGUAUUCUGGGAUUUGCACUGAGAUCUUUAAGGAGGAAUCUGUGAUUCAUCAAAGGAAAGUCUACAGCUUCAUUCAUUUGAGCUUUCAGGAGUUUCUUGCAGCUUUCUAUGUUUUUUACUUCAAUUUGCACACUAUUAUGGAGACAGUGACCUUUUUUGCACUGCAUAAUUUGCUCAAAGGAGCAGUAGAUGCAGCCAUUAAAAGUGAAAAUGGACAGCUGGAUCUGUUCUUGCGGUUCCUGCUGGGCAUCUCACUGGAGUCCAGUCAGAGACUCUUACCGGAUCUACUGACACACACAGUGAAAAGCUCAGAGAGCAUCCAAGAAACCAUGCAGUACAUUAAAGAGAAGAUCAAAGAUGGACAUGGACUCUCCACUGAGAGGUCCAUCAAUCUGUUCCUCUGUCUGUUGGAAGUGAAAGAUAAGACUCUAUCCAGAGAGAUUCAGGACUUUGUAAAAUCAAACAAACACUCAGAGAAGAAACUCUCUCCUGCUCACUGCUCAACAAUUGCCUACAUGCUUCAGAUGUCAGAGGAGGUACUGGAUGAGCUGGACUUCAAAAAAUACAAUACAUCAGAUGAGGGUAGAAGAAGACUGAUACCAGCUCUGAUCAACUGCAGAAAAGUGCUUCUUGCUGAAUGUAAUCUGACUCAUCAGUCCUGUGGAAUUGUGUCAUCAGCUCUACAAUCCCCAAACUGUGCCUUGAGAGAGCUAGACCUGAGUAACAAUGACCUGCAGGAUUCAGGAGUAAAGCUGCUCUCAGACAGCCUGAAGAGUCCAAACUGUCAGCUGGAGAUCCUGAGGUUGUCUGGCUGUAUGGUGACAGAGGAAGGCUGUGGUUAUGUGUCUUUAGCUCUGAGUUCAAACCCCUCACACCUGAGAGAGCUGGAUCUGAGCUACAAUCACCCAGGACAAUCAGGAGUGCAGCUGCUCAACCACAAACUGGAGGAUCCAAACUAUAAACUGCAGAUACUCAAUUUGGAUCAUGGGGAACAUUUCAGAAUUCAACAAGGACUGAGAAAAUAUGCCUGUGAUCUCACAAUGGAUCCAAACACAGCACAUGUUAAACUCUCUCUGUCUGAAGAUAAGAGAAAAGUGACACACGUCAAAGAUCUGGAGUCAUAUCCCGAUCAUCCAGAGAGAUUUGAAAACUAUGAGCAGGUUCUGUGUGGAGAGAGUCUGACUGAACGCUGUUACUGGGAGGCUGAAUGGAGCGGGAAGGGGUCUGGUAUAGCUGUGACAUAUAAAGGAAUUAGCAGGAAAGGAGGGAAUGACUGUUGGUUUGGAUACAGUGACAAAUCCUGGAGUCUGUACUGCACUGCAAAUGGAUUUACUAUCUGGCACAAUAAUAUGAGCAAUAACAUUAUUGCCCCUUCACCGUCAUCUAACAGAGUAGGAGUGUAUCUGGACUGGUCUUCCGGCACUCUGUCCUUCUACAGCGUCUCUGACACACACACACUCACACACUUACACACAUUCAACACCUCAUUCACUGAACCCCUCUAUGCUGGAUUUAGGGUUUAUGAUGCCUCAGUGUCUCUGUGUCAGAUUUAACAACCUGCGGUUGGUCUGUGUGCUUUCAUUUGACCACGGGCGGAUCCUGGACAUUCUGGCACAAUCACACCAUGACACACUGGCUUAUUAUGCACAGAGCAAUUUUUAACACCAUUGUAGGGGAUUUUACAGUAAAAGACCCAAGGACCAGAUAUGAUGAAUGAAGGAGUUUGUAGGCUGCCCUCUGUACAUUCACAUUUCCACAGUAAUUAUACCAAGUCACUAAGUUGUGUCAUUACUUAAAGGAAGACUCCACUUUUUUUGAAAAUAGGCUCAUUUUCCAACUCCAACUUAAACAGUUGAGUUUUACCAUUUUCGAAUCCAUUCAGCCGAUCUCCGGGUCUGGCGGUACCACUUUUAGCAUAGCUUAGCAUAGUUCAUUGAAUCUGAUUAGACCGUUAGCAUCACAAUAAAAAAAAAAAAUGACCAAAGAGUUUCGAUAUUUUUCCCAUUUAAAACUUGACCCUUCUGCAGUUAGAUUGUGUACUAAGACCGACGGAAAAUGAUAGAUAAAACUCAACUGUUUAACUCUAGGGGAGUGGGAAAAUGAGCCUAUUUUCAAAAAAAAAAGUGGAGUGUUCCUUUAAGGUUGAAUGAGUCUGAUUGGUUAAGAAAUCCCAGGAUGCCAGUUGUUCACCUCACUAACACAGUAUUUUGCACACACACAGAUACACAGGAUACAGAGCUUCUUCAUGGUUGAAGUUGGUCGAGCUCUGGCUCUAAAUAGGAUAUUUCCCCAAAACAUACAGAUUAGUUGUACUUUUCUCUCAGUGAGAGGUACAGACAAUAUUCAUCAAUAUUCUCCAGUGAUUGAAGGUGAAAAGUAAAGUGAAUGCUUUAACAUAGCUUGAAGUCAUUCAAAUCAUUUAAUAUUUAGAAGGAUAAAUAUUGAUUAAUGACUUGAUUAUAAAUCACUUAAAGGAUAUACUUUGAAGUGGAAGUGGAUUUCGGAAUCCAACCCUUCACCACUUACUAACAAAAAUAUAACAGAAACAUAUAUGCUACUUAUUUUUUUUUUAAUUAAAAAAAGUCUUUGACAUGUAAAAAAUUCUUAGUGCCACAUCAGGUUUUAAACAGGCGACACACUUUUACUUGUGGCAGAGUCGGAGUACUGCAGGUAUUUGGAAAUCUAAGCAAUUCUUGCUCCUCCCCAUUCUCAAGUACAGGAUUUGGAUGUUGAUUGAUCAUCUUAAGGCAGGAACACACCAAGCCGACGGUCGGCCGUCGGGCAGUUUUUCUUCAUCGGCCGACUAAGUUUCCUCAGUGUGUUCCACACCGUCGGUUGAAGUUGGUCCUCGACGGCUUUUUUUCGGCCGAUUUGACAUGUAAAAUCAGAAUAAUACAGAACUCUGACUGGCUGUGUAGUAUAGCAAACCAGUCAGUUCACGAGAAUAUAAGCAAAAGUUAUGAAAGCCAGCAAAUAAGUCAUGACGGCAGAGACAGAAGGUUGUUCCAAUUUUACGUCAUCUUACCUGAGCACUCGAAUGCACGAAUAUUUUCAUAAUAACAUGAGCGGAGUGGAAUAAAGAACAUGAUCAGCAUGACUGAUAUUCAAAACGGUAAGCAAGCCCUGCUUUAUUUAUGGUUUGUAUUCAUGCAGUCAUAGUUUCGCUUUCCGUUUUUGAAUGACGAAUAUAGACAAAUAUAUCUGCUUAAAUAGACAGAUAUCUCAUUUAUACGCAGGCGCAGAACGCGUGUGCUAGUUGACAGUCGGCUGAAGUUCUUUCGGUGUGUUCAAGCACAUAUUUUUUCCCAGACGCAGCCGACGUGAGCCAACCCCGCAGUCUGCUUUCGUCGCCACUAGUUCGUCGGCGUCGGCUUGGUGUGUUCUGGCCUUUAUAUGCUAAUGGAAUUAAUUUCAAGAUCAUUUGAGAUUUAUAGAUUUCACAUCUAGAAGAGUUUCUCUGAAUCACACAUAUACGCAUUUGAAAAAUGUAGACAGGAAGCAAAAUGAGAGAGAGGGGGACGGGAUCGGGACAGGACCGUGACCCAGGCCUCGAACUCGGGUCACCGAAGUGCACCAACGCUAUAUGUCAGCACGCUGCCCACGAGGCUAUCGGUGCCGACAAAUGUAGAACAGUUUCUACGCAACAUUUUAUAAAUGAGGCCCUAUAGGUGUGUGUAAUGAACUGCUUUGAGACUUGAAGGUUGAGGAUUCAAACACAAUAUUUAUUAAUCAGAGGGUAAUCCACAAUCAUAAUCCAAAAUCCAAUAUGGAUCGAAACACAUGCAGGUAGGGAUGGGUAGUUCGACACUCAGUGUUGACACGUCUCGAGUUUUCGACACACACACUAGUGCUCUGAAACAGUGUUCCGGAGCAUUGCUUGAAAUGAGGCUGUCAAGUGUCCUGUGAAAAUGAAGCUUCGUUACCUUCAUCGGGCUCAAACAAACUAAUAUUUUCUAAAGCUGGGGAUGUGAUUAGUAAUAAAGGAGCUGCUUAAGCUCCAGCACAAUGAAACAAAUAAUAUUCUUGAAUAAAAAUAUGAAAUUGCA